GAUGCAUCUUCUGACUACCACGAGUAUGUUCAUCAGCCUUCCUAACGAUUGCUGGUAUCAGGUACUGGGUCCGCCAAUACAUGAACUCAUUGUUCGAGGCUUGCCUAUUGCACCAUCCAAGCCACUGAACAAUUCUUCCUCGAACAUGGAACCAGAAGCCGGGCCAUCGACCAUCCUCAAUGGAAAGAAGCGACGUUCUCCAACGGAUAUACAGCUCGUCCGAGCUCGCAUUUUCUACGCCAAACCUUCAAGGGCCCCGGAUGGCAAGAUCAGAGCAGGCCUGCCUCGGUUCCAUGUUCUCAACGACUUACGGCACGAUCAUCGAUCUGAAAACGCUGCUCGACACGCGUUGAAAUACAUAUUCCCAUCCGAGUAUGGUCUUCACAACGUAUUCACUUCCCCAUUGGACCGCUUGAAUCCUGCAUUUGCGUUCAAAGACUACACGGACCGCAACGAUGAGAUUGUGGCACACGGGAAAAUGAAGACGCCAAAGCGACUGAAGCAAGCGAUGCCGCUGUCUAGCAAGCUGCUUGCAUUACAUUGCCAAACGAGCUAUAAGCGCCUGUGUGAUACGGCAUGCCCAAGUAAAGUCCUGAAUAACAAGGCAGAUCUGAGCGACGCCAGCGUCAUUCUAGAUAUCAUGUCCGAAAUCUCUCAACC